UAAGGGCCAGGCUUGUCUGAAGCGUACUUGCCAAGUCAGGAGUCCAGAUGUGAGGUCAGUAGAGGUCCGGGAUCAAGUGCCAAGGGGUCAGUCCGAAAGAGGGUGCCAGGAAACUAGGAACACACAAGCCAUGCCUGACGUUGCAGUCAGCAACAAGCUGCAGCCAAGCAGGUGUGCCUUAUAAAGAGCAAGGUUGACAGCAGGUGUGAGUCCUCAGCGUUUGGGCCUUAAGGAGACAGGCCUGCCUCUCUUCUGCCUGACCUUCUGCUGUCUACGUUCUGCAGCAAGCAUGUGUCUCUAUCUGGUAGUCCUGCUGUACUUUGUGAUCCGAUGGUACCGGGAGAGACAGAUGGUGGAGAAUGUCAGAGAGAAGUACGUCUUCAUCACUGGCUGUGACUCUGGCUUUGGGAACCAGCUUGCCAGGCAGUUGGAUGCCCGGGGCCUGAGGGUGCUGGCGGCUUGCCUCACGCAGAAGGGGGCAGAGCAGCUGGAGAAGGCCACAUCGGAGCGGUUGCAAACCACUAUUUUGGAUGUCACCAGCGUGGAGAGCGUUGUAGCAGCAACCACGUGGGUGAAAGGGUGUGUGAGAGAUAAAGGGCUCUGGGGCUUGGUAAACAACGCAGGUGUUGUGGAAUCUGUAGUCCCCAAUGAGUGGCUGACCAAAGAUGACUUCAUAAAAGUGCUAAAUGUCAACCUGAUUGGACUGAUUGAUGUGACGCUGCACAUGUUGCCCCUGGUAAAAAAGGCCAGGGGAAGGAUAGUUAACGUGGCCAGCAUCCUGGGUCGAUUGUCUUUUUUAGGUGGAGGCUACUGUCCAUCUAAGUAUGGGGUGGAGGCUUUUUCUGACUCUCUCAGGCGUGAGCUCCGCCCCUUUGGGGUGAAAAUAGCCAUAGUGGAGCCGGGCUAUUUCCGAACGAAUAUGACUUGUAUCCAGACCAGCCUGGAAAGCCUGGAGAGGCAAUGGGUCAACACUCCACAGAAAGUCAAAGAUAGCUAUGGCCAGACCUAUUUUGACAGCUUUUACAAAAUGAUGAAAGAGAACCUCACCACUCGGUGCAGCACUAACCUCUACCUGGUCACAGACUGCAUGGAGCACGCCUUGACAUCCCAGCACCCCCGUACACGUUAUUCUGGUGGCUGGGAUGCCCAGUUCUUCUACAUUCCUCUCUCUUACUUGCCCACGGCAUUAGCGGAUUUGGUGCUGACCUGGUCUUGGCCCAAACCUGCUCAGGCUGUGUAAAGAAGGUGAAAUGGAAAAGGUCAUGUUUGGGGGAAGGAGGUUGUGUAUAGGGGGGAAGAGAGAAAGAAGGGACAGGGUGGCGAGGUGAAAAACACGACAGAUGAGGCUCCUGCACUUCUAAUAGUUGUGUAGAAGAGGGGACUUUAGCUGGUGUGGUGCGCAUGAUAAGCUGCACAUGCUACAAUGCCCUCUCCUACAUAACUAUUAGAGGCGAAGGAGCCCUGUCCUCUUUUGCUUCUGGCCACAGGGAUACAGUUGCCACAUCUCACACCAGACACAGCAAGCUUUUACCUUUUCAAGAUGCUGAUGCAGGGGUACCUGCUCAGUGUGAGAGUUUCCUGUUGGUUACCCCAAGCAGGGAUAUCAUGUCAGGCUUUAGUGGAUGGGAAAGAUUCACAGCAAGGUUCAAAGGCUUGCUCUUAAAGUUUAAAGUUACAAUCCUGUACCCACUUAUCUGGGAGUAAAGCCUCAUUGGGACUUAACGUUUGAGUAGACAUACACAGACUUGCAGUGUAACUUUGCAAAAGGACCACCACAGCAUAUUUUAAAAGACUACUUUUCCAUUUUAUGUUCUGUUGUAAGCAGGGGCACAGAUUCUCUUGCAGAAUGAUCACAUGAGAUUUAAAAUGCAGGUGUGAGGGAUAGGUAACUGUUCCCCACCUUCCUCUUUAAAUAGGGCUCCAAAAAAUUCUGAGGAAAUAUGAGUGAACAAAAGCUCCACUUUUCUCAGUUUUAACUCCAGUACUUGAACGAUAGGCUCCAUGGAGAAAUGAAGUUUGGUUCACAUUUAAACUCCCUAAUCUGCAUUUGCUAAAACAAUAUGCAAACUGAAAUACAGCUAUUCUUUGAGAUUUUCUCAUUUCUGAAUGUUGCGAUGCAGUUCUCCAGCCACUUAAAUUUCAAAAAAAUGUGUACGUUAGAGGAAAGUAUGCAUCAAAAUGCAUGUUAGUGAAAAUAACAUACACAAAUUCAUUAUAUUAGAGACAUUUGUUUGUAAAAAUGUUUAUCUGGAGAAAUUCACACUAAUUGAUGAAUUUUGAUGAGAUUUUUUAUUUAAAAGAUCAAAAACAAAUUGUUGCAGAAUUGUGAAGGACUGAACUUAAAGAUUAGAUAAAUGAGAAACUGAGAGCAACAUCAAUUGAUAUUUGUCCAUCCCUAUCUCUAGGCAUGACAUUUCCCCCCUUCUGAAACACACUCUACCUUACUAGCUAAAUUUCAGGUAGAAAUUCAACAGGUGUGACUCUCCCCUAGCCUGGAAAUGCACUGAACAUGGCACCUAUUAAUGUUCCAUCUGCUGUGUUAAAGACACAUGGCCUCUUUUCUUCUAUAAGCAGUGCUUGAAAGUGUGUUUUGGGGAGGGGGGGAGCCUCAGGUGUAUCCUUCAACUUCUCAGUUGUGUCUUUUGAGUUCUGUGAGACAAGGCUAUCUGUCAUCGUUGAGCUCAGUGGCGUCAGUUACGAAAGAGAUGCUGCUUUCUAGUUCAGUUGUUUAUAAUAGGCAAAUAAAAUUAGGUCUUAGUCUGCACAUUUUUCUAUCCUUCGAAUUUCUAAUAAUAAAUAAUUAUUGUUUUCUGGUCAGCUGGCAACUCUGUCUUCUCCUGGCAAUGUUUGCUGGCUACACCCACAGCAUACAUACAGUGCUGUGAUGUGGCACCUGUGGCCCUUCAGAGAUUGCUGGGCUUCAGCUCCCAUCAUCCCUGACCAUUGGCCAUGCUGGCUAGGGCUGAUGGAAGAUGGGAAUCCAACAACAUCUGGAGGGCCGCAGGUACCCCAUCGCUGUUAACAUAAUCAGCUAAGCGAGUUGGUCACCUUUGUUCCCAUGCUUUCUUUCAUCUACUUGAUCGUUGCCACAACACUGUCCAUGCUGGUGAUAUCUAGGAGGGUCAUUUUCAACUGCUCCAGUGUGUUUUUCUCUAGCUGCUCUGCCCCCAUCUGAAUGAGACAGGUUGCCAACACCAGCCCUGGGUAUCCAGCUGCCUGGCAAGCUGGUUCCUAAAGCCAAAGUCUCAGCUAGUGAUGAAGACAUAUUUCUCCAUCAGGUUCUCCUCCAUCUGUCUCUUCCGGUACCAUUGGUGAAGGAGGUAAAGCCUCAACAUGGCAGCCAAAUAGAGCCAUAUGGCUAAAAGCUACAAGAAAAUAGCCUGUUGCCUUCCUUCUCUGAUAAUGGGUCUUAAGUAGGGAUGGAAUCCUCUCCUUUUUUAUUUUCCAUUUUUAAGUGUGACUUUUCAAGUGCAUUGCAGAGCAGAUUAAGGUAGAUGAUCAAGUCAGUGUCUUCCCACCUGCUGCUGAAAAUCAACACCCCAUUCCCCCCCUUCUGCUUUCUGUCAGUUACAAUCUAUACUUCACUGACAUCAGUGAAAGGGAAUACACAUUUGAAGAGCUGACCUACAAAGUUGAUCAAUAAAAGUAUCACACUGUUGAUGAUUUCAAAACAAAUUAAUACUGAUAUGUAAUAACACUGUUCCCUUUGGUUCAGUCCUUUUUAUAUUUAUUAGGAUACACCUCUAAAACAUCAAUAUUAAGAAUGAUAAUUUUAUCAAUAUUUCAUUGUAAUUUUCAAUAUUUCCUUUGACAUUUCCUUUCAAAAUAUUGAUAUUAAUAUUUUUGGGAGGAAAAAAUGUAUUGGUAUAAGCAGCGGAUAGUGGACAAAGAAUGAACUUGAAACGAUACCGGCCUCGUAGAACAUUGCUAUUUUGCAUGUAGGAUUCAACUGCAUACUUGGCAAAUUCAGGUUGUGUAAUUAAAACAGAUU